GGCGUGUGCAAUAAAUAAUUCUAUUUUGGGUGAUGGUUGAUUCGAUACAUAUUUUGUCUUAUUCUCCCAUCUCCUUCAGCCCGAAUUCCCUCUCAUUUGUAUAGUCUUCAUUAGUGGGUCGGCUAUCCGAUGUUUUCUUCAAGUACAUAAUUUUUCAGCUAUAUUUGAUCUUGUACACGAGACUUUUCUUUCAUACAUACAUAAGGCUAGCUCCUUCGAACUGUGCGCAUAUUUUAUGUGGUUUUGGGUACCUUAUACACGUAAAAGGUAGCUGGUUAAGCUGAGGUCGGAAUACACGGACAUAUACAUAUCCUCAUAAACGUUGUGAUGGGGUCCCCAAGGCUCUUCCACCCGUUCAUAGUCGCUAUCAGCUUGGUCCCGUUAGUUGUUACGGCUUUCCCAGAAGUUAGUGGCGAUACAUGCGAUUGCUAUCUCACCAAUGGAAGUAGCAGCAACUGGUUUACGACACAUAAAUUCUUCGACUUUCGGGAUAAAUCAGGAGAUGCUCGAGUACCAGCUCUCAUUGACGACCCUACAGAGAGUAGUGAAGCCAGCGCCACUAACGAUUACCUCCUUUCCGACGACUGGACUGGCUAUUGGACUUUACAGAGUUGGAAUAAUUCUGCCUCGUUAGGGACCGACGUGGGCGAUGCAUCAAUUCUCAUGGUUCAUUCUCCCAACAAUGUCUAUAUAGAGAACAACGCAGACGAGAAUGCCGAUUCAAGUACAUAUUUAACAAUGAGGACGGCACGCUUGGAUGAUUAUCAAUCGGCGUCCGAGUUCGAGUCAAACAUACAAAACUACCAUUUCCUGUCGGUGAGAAUGUAUGCGAGGACAACUGGCGCACCAGGCGCAGUAACGGCAAUGUUCACAUACAAGCAACUCGACAACUCCGAUGACCUUACCGCAGUUCAAGAAUCCGAUCUAGAAAUUAGAACACUCGACCCGCCCAAUAGCGUUCAAUACACAAACCAGCCAUCGUAUACUUCUCAGGGGCUCAACCUCGCAGAUGCCACACGAAAUGUAACGAUACCGAAGGAGAGAGACUGGACGAACUGGGCAGUGUAUCGCAUGGAUUGGAGUCCAUCAGCCACAACGUGGUAUAUUGAUGGCGAUGAAGUCGCCUCGAUUUCCUUCCAGACGCCACGUGAUCCGAGUAUGCUCAUCUUCAACUCAUGGUCAGAUGGCGGUUCCUGGACGGGUAAUAUGAGUGUAGGAAGCGAGGCACGUCUUCAAGUCCAGUGGAUCGAACUUGUCUAUAACACAACUGGCUCGGAUUCUAAUGGGAAAAAGACGAGGAGGGAGGAAACCGAAAUCUUCAGCCAGAUCGAAAAGAGAGAUGGCCAGUUCUGUGAGAAUGUUUGCAGUAUCGACGAAACGUCAACAGUGGGAACUACGGUACUUAUACAGGGCAGCAGCGCUUCGGGGCUGUUGAAACAGUUCGGGGGGCUCGAACCUAUAUAUUUCGCCGUAUCUGUACUAUCUAUGAUUUUGGCUUUUUGGUAGAUGGCGGUUAGACCCACGGCGUUGGAAUUGUUUUCAAAAUCAGGACUGUUCUCUACGAUGCAGGAAAGCAUCUAGCCU